CACAAUGCACAGCGCAGGAGCAUGGUUGACUUUGGUUUAGGAGUGUCAUCUAAACGAGAAUGAAUACGCUCUUCCCUUUGGCUACAUCAGCUGACACUGUUUUGUAGCCGUUUAAUAUCCAAAUCUGCAGAGUAAAUCUUGCAUGUUGUUUUUCUGCGGUGGCCCCGUGAGGAGUCGACAGGAAGUCCGUUCGUGAAUCUCCGCAGCACCACCUUCCGUGGUAGCCGAGCAGAGCCAGGAUGGCUGGAGUUGGGGCCAAGCGCGAGGGACCACAGUUCAUCAGUGAAGUGGCCGUAAGGGGCAACGCAGCCGUGCUGGACUACUGCCGCACGUCUGUGUCUGCGCUGUCCGGAGCGACAGCCGGCAUCCUCGGCCUGACGGGACUGUAUGGCUUCAUUUUUUAUUUCCUCUCCUCAUUUCUCCUCUCGCUGCUGCUCAUUCUCAAGGCCGGACGGCGGUGGAACAAAUUCUUCAAAUCGCGGCGGCUGCUCUUCACCGGAGGCCUCGUCGGAGGUCUUUUCACCUACGUCCUCUUUUGGACUUUCUUGUAUGGGAUGGUGCACGUGUACUAAAACAUGUACUUGAAAUAACCCAGAAAUAUUUCUAUCUAAUGCUCUGUAAUCAUUAGGAUUGUCUGCCCUGCUGUUGUAGAUAGGCUGUUAGUGAGAGACUUCAGAUGUUUUCCAUUGUGAACUGUUGAUAUAUUGAAGGAUGAGUUAAAAGAAUUAACUGUCCUUUUCUUGCGAACUCUAACUUUAACCUGUACUUACUCUCUGUGCUCACUGUAAUCCAUGCCAGGAUGAGAACCACCGUUAUAAUAUACGUUUACAGAUCAAAUCCUCACAGGCUAAACUAAGUUUUAUAGCAAAUGUAAUUAUUGACCGGAUUAAACAUCUCUCUAGAA